AUGGAGUUUGCAUCUUCUUCUUUAUCAUCAUCAUCUUCAUCCUUCUUAACAUCAGAACCCCAUUUCAUACACGAUGUGUUCAUCAACUUUGGUGGAGAAGAAAUCGGUCGAAGGUUUGUUUCUCAUCUCCACUCUAUCCUUUUACAAUCUCAAGUCAAAACAUUGAUUAGCCAGGAGAAUCUGCAUGAGGGAAUCAAGCUGGAAGAGCACAUGCGAGCAAUAGGACACACUAAGAUUACGAUAAUCGUUUUCUCCAAAUCAUACAUUGAAUCUACCUGGUGUCUUCUUGAGCUUGAAAAAAUCAUUGAAUGCCACGAAACAUUUGGCCAAAUAGUUCUGCCCGUAUUUUACGAGAUUGACCCAUCGGAUGUACGUCAUCAGAAGGAUGAUUUUGGAAAAGCGUUGGAAGAAGCUGCACACAGAAGCUAUUCAGGAGAACAACUGAAACAUGCUUUGUCCAAGUGGAGCCGUGUACUCACCACAGCUGCAGGAAUGACCGGUUGGGAUUUCAGAAAUUUCAGGCACGAUGCUGCACUUGUAAAGCGAAUUGUUAGGCACGUUAAGACAUUACUGGACUAUAAAGACUUGUUUAUUACCGAAUAUCCUGUUGGAUUAGAGUCCCGCGUGGAAGACGUGAUUAAAUGUAUUGAAAAUCAAUCCACCAAAGUGUGUAUGAUAGGAAUAUUGGGAAUGAGAGGGUCGGGUAAAACAACCAUAGCCAAAGCCACCUACAAUCGAAUUUUUCGUGAAUUCAUUGGUAAGAGUUUUAUUGAGAAUAUUGGUUACGCUUGGGAUCCAAAAAAUGAGAAUGAAAGGUAUGUUGCUUUGCAAAAAAGUCUUCUUUCUGAUGUCCUAAAAUCCAAGUUCGAGGUGGAAAGCGUUGGGAUGGGAAGAACUAUGAUCGAGAAUGGAUUUUCUCGAAAAAAGUUGCUCAUUGUGCUUGAUGAUGUGAAUCACAUUGGCCAGUUAGAAAACCUAUGCGGGAGUCGUGAAUGGUUCGGUCAAGGAACUGUGCUAAUCAUUACUACUAGAGAUUUUCACUUGCUGAAUCAAUUCAGAGAUAAUUAUGUUUAUAAAAUGGAUCUUUUGAACGAAAAUGAGUCACUUGAGCUUUUUAGUUGGCAUGCCUUUAGAGAAGCAAAACCAAGAAAAGAAUUGAGUUUACCCGCAAGAAACGUCGUUGUUUAUUGUGGAGGACUACGCUAGCUCUUCAGUUCCUUGGUUCCUGUUUAUGUGAUAGAACAAUAGAAGUGUGGGAAAGUGUAUCGUUGAAACUACAAAGAAUUCCCCCGGAUGAACUUCUGAGCGUAUUAAAAAUAAGUUUUGAAGAUUUACGUGAUACGGAGAGCGUGGCCUCAUAAAAGUUUUGAAGAUUUACAUGCUGAUAUUGGAAUAACAGUUCUCAGAGAGCGUGGCCUCAUAAAAGUUGAAAGGAACAACAAACAUCAAAUGCAUCCUUUGUUACAAGAGAUGGGAAGAGCAAUUAUUUUUCAAGAAUUCCUAGAGAAGCCAAGGAAAAGGAGUCGAUUGUGGUUUCAGGAAGACGUAGUAUAUGCACUGAAAAAGAAUACUGGUACAGAAGCUAUAUUGUCCCUGAAGCUUGAUUUCAGCGUUGGAGAUUGGUUUGAAGCUCAUGCUUUCAAGAAAAUGAAGAGACUAAGACUGCUACAACUUGAUCAUAUACAACUUGGUGGAGAUUAUGGGCACAUUUCUAAACAACUGAGAUGGAUUUGUUGGCGAGGGUUUCCAUAUAAAUGCAUUCCAAAGAACUUUCAUUUGGAAAAUGUAAUUGCAAUUGAUUUCAAGCAUAGUCGUCUCCGACUAGUCUGGCAACAACGCGUGGUUUUAGAGCAGUUAAAAUUCCUUAAUCUUAGUCACUCCAAGUUCUUGAGAGAAACACCUGACUUUUCAGGACUACCAAGUCUUGAACAGCUCAUUCUAAAAGAUUGCCCAACUUUGUGUAAGGUACAUCCAUCCAUUGGUGACCUCUCCAAUAUACUAGUGAUAAAUUUGAAGGACUGUACAAGUCUAAGCUAUCUCCCAAAAGAGAUAGAUAAGUUGAGAUCUUUAAAAAUUCUCAUCCUAUCUGGUUGUUCGAAGCUUAGGCCAUUGGUAAAGAUAUAAUGCAGGUGGAAUCCUUUUUAACUAUAAUUGCUGAGAAUAGAACACUCAAACAAGCGUCCUUUUAAAUUGUAAGCUCAAAAAUUAUCAGAUAUAA